UGGAAUCGAACUCACCCUUGCCGAGACACUGCAGAGGAGACGAAGUAUGUCAGCGGCGUGCUGAUCACCCUGAAGUCCUUCGCACAGCAGCUGGGCCCGUCGAACACGCAAGCCUUCCUGUCCUACACCACCUCGCAGUACAAGCUGCACUCCUUUGAGACCAUCUCUGGGUACCGCUUCGUACUGACCACAGACCCUGCGGUGCCGGACCAGCAGGAAUGUCUCAGACAAAUCUAUGCAGACAUUUUCGUGGAGCACGUGAUCAAGAAUCCGCUGUACCGUCUCGGGGACGACCUGGCAAAAUGCCCGGUUUUCCUUUCAAAGCUGCACAGCUUCCUCAU